GACGAACAAAGCCGAAGCUGUGUCGAACGUAAGCAAACCCAUCAGCGAAGAGAUCCUCAGGAAGAGCUCAGCGAUGACAUUUGCAAAAUAUAACGAUAUAUUUGCAAAAUAACACGAAAGGGUUAUUAUGUCUUAAUAUCUUUUAAACGGUCUCAUGUCAGUAGGUAUGUACAACAAACAGUGGCGAUGCAUGCAGUCAUUAAAAGCCCAGCUAAAGGGCUUGCUAAGGAAGCAGUGGUAUCUACUCCACAUCAUUACUUAUAAUCGCAAUAUUUAGUUUCAGUGAUUCCACUUUUAAUCAAACUGGUAUAAUUAGUUCUGUGCUUUUGGUCUAUGAAUAAGAGAAUCCGCCGAUGUGAUGCCUUGCUGUUAGUAAAUCUGCUAAUGUUAUUACUAUUAGCUUAGCUCACUGUGCUGCAGAUAUCAUGAGAAUAUGAGUAUAAAUAGAGUUGAAUAUAAAAUAAUUGAAUAAAAAGAGUAUAGAUACAGUAUUUAAAUUAGUGUCUGAAUUAGGGUCAGGUUACUGAUUUUGCAGUGUUUCCAGAAUGAGACGUUUAUUUAUUCAUCAUUUAAAUAUUGCCCAUAUUAUUAGUUAUAGGCUAUACAAUAUGUGCUUUAUUUCAGUGUGUUUUGGUUUUCUACAUUCACUUUCAACUCUGUGGUGGCUAAGAAAUGUGAAACUGUUGGGGUUGAAAGUUAAGGAAAUAUGUUGAGGAUUGCCAGCAAUUUAUCCCCAUACAGUAUCCAUUGUCUAUUUUGUCAGCACAAAACAUUGAGUGGUAAGAAUGGAGUAUUAUAAGUCAUUGACUCACUGAUCUAUUGAUUUUCUCUUGUCCAUUCAGGUGUGCAUUGAGCUUUGUGUAAGAUGUCUAUGGUCCUGUUUGCCUCUGUGGUGAGAGUGAGGGACGGUCUGCCCCUGUCUGCCUCCACGGACCAUGAACAGGAUAAAGGACUUCAGGAGGUUAAGAAACAUCUAAAGGGUCUAUCCAAAAAACUCAGCCAGUUUCCAGAUCGCUGCUCACUCAGAUCCGGCCUAUACAACAUCAAUUUCACAAGCUCACUUGGAGUUGGCUAUUUGAUGGUUUGCACGGAGAACUAUCCAAAUGUCCUGGCCUUCAGCUUUCUGGAUGAACUUCAGAGAGAAUUCAUUGUCACGUAUGACACCAAGCGGAUCAACAGUGCUUUGAGGCCUUUCUCCUUCAUUGAGUUUGAUAACUUCAUCCGGAAAACCAAGCAACGUUACAAUAGCCCACGUUCCCUCUCCACCAAGAUUAAUCUGGCCGACAUGCAGACUGAGAUCAAGCUCCGGCCUCCUUAUCAGCUCUCCCCGGAGGACAUUAGAUCAAUCAAUGGCUUCUCACAACAAAAGCAGUCUAAAUAUAACGGCAUAGCUUCUAAUCAAAUGCUGGAGCCUGUUACACUGCCUGGUAUCGUUGCCUGCGUUCUAAGUGUCCUGUGCGGCGCUCUCAAUUUGUUGCGGGGAGUCCAUGCAAUAGAAAGCAUAUUACAGAACGACGAUGAAGACUUUAAUUACGUAAUUGCUUUUUUCCUGGGGACUGCGGCCUGUUUGUAUCAGUGUUACCUGUUUGCCUACUUCUCAGUAUGGAGGAACAUCAAGUCAUUCCUGGCCUUUGCCAUGAUCUGCCUGUGUAACAUGUAUCUCUAUGAACUUCGUAACAUAUGGCAGAUCCUCUUCCACAUGACGGUGGGAGCGUUCAUCACACUGCAGAUCCACCUGAGACAACCGCAGGGCAAAGCACCUGACUAUAACGUUUGACACCCCCCCACCCCCACCCCCCCCCCCCCAUUAUCUGUUUAAAGACUUUAGAACAUAGCCCAACACAGUUAUACAGUUAUCCACAACUCGAAGUUUGAAGGAUUGUGAAGCAGGGCUUCACAUAUUGGUUGUUGAGUUUUGAUAUUGUUCAUCAGUUGUUUUGCUGCCAUUUGAGGUGAGAGAUGAGAGUUCUGGUCUAAAGAAAAGAUCAUAACAGGGACUUUGAUAUUUCAAGCAUGAAUCUAAUCAUGUGAGCUUCUAAAGCUAAUCAUUAGCAAAUAAUUCAGAUGUUCAAAUUUAAUAUAUUAUCAGAGAUUUGUAUUUAAAUUGGGCUUAAGAUGUCAUUUUAGAAAAUGUAUUUACACAUUGUACGAUUGUUUCUCUAUUUUAAUUGUUGAAGCCAACGCAUAUGCAAAGAAAGACUUGUUUUUUUAUAGCUGCCUAUAUACAGCUAAAUGAUUAUUAUUUAUUUUUUUUACAGUCAGAAACAAGCAUUUGAUGGCUUUAUUUUGCCAUAUGCUUUCACACAUAUGCCUAAUUUCAGAGUCACUGUGUUGUCAUGGUCAUUAGUCAGAUGUCUUUGCCUGAAAGUAUAAUCAGACCUGUUAUUUAUCAGUCGUGUCAAUGCUGCCUGCAGGUGUGUACCUGCAAAUGAAUGCUGUGAGUUCUGAGGAGAAAGGAACCACACUACUAUACAGACUUCUUUUUUGCCCAAAAGCCACAAUGAGUGUCAGCUGCCUUUUGUCAAUGGGUCUGUUUACUAUAGAGUAGAGUUUUGAUAACCUGCAACUGUAUGUAUGAAUGAGUUCUCUGUUUUGUUUCUAUUCACCUGGUUGGUUUUGCAUUCUGUAUUCACAGUGGAAAUAACAGGUUGUACAGAUUGAUAGCUUAUGGGCCACAUGUUUCAAAAUUCCUCAAGCUGUACACACACUUUAUUUUUCAAACAGUGUCCGGGAUGAUUAAAGAUUGAAUUAUGCAUCUUUGCAUUUUAAAGAGAGCAUAUCAGACAUCUUUCACCAAAAAUUGCUCGCUCUCUUUCUUUCCCUCAAUAUGUAGUGUGUGUUCUCAAAGUGAGGCCCUGUUCUAAAACCGACAGUAAAAAUCUUGAAUUUGUA